AUGCUUUGCAAGGUUCAUCGCCCUCACAACUUUUAUGAGCCUUUUUACAUACUCAACUUAUAUGCACCAGCAACUUCUGACAAUCGCCCUCGACAGGAAUUCUUUGAGUCAAUCUACAACCUGCUCUCAACCCUUUCUGAGACCAUCGAGCUCGAACGACUACUGAUAUCAGGGGACUUCAAUUACGAUUAUGUGCGGGACAUCACCAAUGCCACUCGUAUUGUCAAAACAUCGCUGAAUUGGUUGAGUUAUUUAGAUCAGCACUUCCACAACUACUUGAUCCUUAACGACAUGAAUUCGGUGCCAACUUAUCAACAUGCCUUAUCCACCCUCGAUUUUAUAUACGCUGGACAUGCACUACGACACUUGCUGAGCGAUGCGAACGUUGGAUUUAUUCCUCCCUCUUGGUCGGAUCAUGCCAUCCUUGAAGUUACUCUCAAACUUGGAAAAUCCAAACUGGGCCCAGAACUUUGGAGAGGCAAUCCAUGUUACGCUAACAACCCAGCAUUCAGAAAACAACUGGAAGAGAAAAUCAACACAGCCAUGGAUACAAUGGACGUGGAUAUGACACCGCAGGAACAGUGGGAACGCAUCAAAUUGGUGACUAGAAAGGCUAUCCAAAAGUUUGGAGUGAAACAUGUGAACUGGCGUAGGAUGAGUAUCAAGCAUUUGGAACGCAAACGGAAUCGACUAUUGAGAUCCAAGCCUCCCAAAGCUACUCUCCGCAUUCUACUGCCAAGGAUUGACUCUAUGCUACAGAUAUUACAACAAGAACUGGUGUAUAUUGCUGCACUCAAGGCUGGGGACACUUGGCUUGAGAAAGGGGAGAAAUCCGCUGGGUACUUGAAGCGACUACAUCAAAAACGAACAUCUCAACAGUACAUGGCUUCAUUACAAGCCCCCGACUCCUACAGAGAUCGAGGCGAUGGUGGACCAAGUGCUGAGGUCCCUCAAGUGGUGGUGAACAAUGACGUUGUUACCGGUGGCUCGUCAACAGAUGCGGCUCAAGGCGAUCUGGGUGAUACUGCAGUGGCUCACGGUGAUACUGGUGAUGCUGGUGACGCUGGUGACGCUGGUGACUCUGGUGAUACUGGUGAUACUGGUGGUGCUGGUGGUACUGGUGGUGCAGACGAUAUUGGUGUCGAGCAAGACGAAACGAGGCUAUCUCUGAUGGACUGA